AUGUCUGAGAAGCAAACCGGUUCAGCCAAUGGUGGACUUGGAAAGGCCCUGGCUCAGCUCGAGCAGGUUGUCUCGGCGUCGCUGCGGCCUAUGCCUAGCCAAACAGGCGAUGGCACCUAUGUCACGGAGCAAGUGAAGACAGGCAUUCUCAAAGAUCUUCCCCACGUUGACCUGGGCGAUGUCAAGACUCUCGUGGAUGUCUCGAAGAGUGCCUUGACUGGUGAGGCUUUGGACGACAGGAAGUAUAUCAUGGAGCGAGUUGUCCAGCUCGCCGCUGGCUUACCCUCAACGUCCCAGAUUGGUAAAGAAUUGACGAAUACCUUUUUGACCACUCUCUGGAAUGACUUGGAGCACCCACCAAUCUCCUAUCUUGGCCGUGACGCAAUGUACCGAAGAGCGGAUGGCUCUGGCAAUAACGUGCUUUGGCCACAUAUUGGUGCGGCUGGGACUCCGUAUGCAAGAUCUGUACGGCCCAAAACCGCGCAGUCUCCGAACCUCCCAGAUCCUGAAACUCUUUUUGAUUGUCUUUUGGCACGCAAAGAGUACAAAGAACAUCCGAAUAAGAUAUCUAGUGUAUUGUUCUACAUUGCAUCCAUCAUUAUCCAUGAUUUAUUCCAGACGGAUCGUAAAGAUCCAACAAUCAGCUUGACUUCUUCAUACUUGGAUCUAUCACCUUUGUAUGGCAACAAUCAAGAAGAACAGGACCUCGUCAGGACGUUCAAGGAUGGUAAGCUCAAGCCAGACUGUUUCUCGACAAAACGCAUUCUGGGCUUCCCUCCGGGUGUUGGCGUAGUUUUGAUGAUGUUCAAUCGUUUCCAUAACUACGUGGUUGAGAAGCUUGCAAUGAUCAACGAAGGAGGCCGGUUUACAAAGCCGCAAGAGUCCGACACCGCAGCAUAUGCGAAGUAUGACAACGAUCUUUUUCAAACAGGUCGACUUGUGACAUGCGGUCUCUACGUCAACAUCAUUCUGAAGGAUUAUGUUCGCACCAUUUUGAAUAUUAACAGAACAGACAGCAUCUGGAGCUUGGACCCCCGUUCUGAAAUGAAGGACGGAUUACUUGGCAGCGCAGCUGCUCAAGCGACUGGUAAUCAAGUUGCUGCUGAGUUCAACCUUGUGUACCGCUGGCAUGCUUGCAUCUCUCAGCGAGAUCAGAGAUGGACUGAGAAUAUGUAUCAAGAAUUGUUCCCUGGGCAGGAUCCCAGCAAGAUCUCCUUACAGGACUUCUUGCGAGGACUUGGUCGGUGGGAGGCUAAGCUACCAGAAGAGCCUCAGGAGCGUCCGUUUGCUGGACUGCAGCGCAAGGCAGAUGGGUCGUAUGACGACGAUGAUUUAGUCAAGAUUUUCGAGGAAAGCGUCGAGGACUGCGCGGGUGCUUUCGGUGCCUUGCAUGUUCCUACCGUCUUCAGGAGCAUCGAGGCGCUUGGGAUUCAACAAGCCCGCUCCUGGAAUCUGGCUACCUUGAACGAAUUCAGGAAUUACUUCAAUUUGGCUCCCUACAAGACUUUUGAAGAAAUUAACCCGGAUCCACACGUCGCAGACCAGCUCAAGCGACUCUACGACCAUCCUGAUCGGGUUGAGAUAUACCCUGGUAUCAUUGUGGAAGACGCGAAAGAGGCAAUGGUCCCUGGCAGUGGACUAUGCACCAACUUUACGAUCUCUAGAGCCAUUCUCUCGGACGCCGUCGCUUUGGUUCGUGGUGACCGCUUUCACACCGUCGACUUUACGCCGAAACAUCUCACAAACUGGGCGUACAGUGAGAUUCAGCCUCAGGAUUCGGUUGACCAGACCCAUGUCUUCUACAAACUCGUCUUGCGAGCUUUUCCGAACCACUUCAGGGGCGAUUCGAUCUAUGCUCACUUCCCCCUUGUCAUACCAUCCGAGAAUAAGAAGAUCCUGACCAAACUUGGAACCGCCGAUAAGUAUAGCUGGGAUCGCCCCAAUUAUACGCCCCCGCCUCAGUUCAUCAACUCCCAUUCGGCCUGCAUGUCCAUACUGUCGGACCAGGAGACAUUCAAGGUUACUUGGGGUAGUAAGAUUGAGUUUCUCAUGCGCCACAAUGAUCAGCCUUACGGCAGAGAUUUCAUGCUAUCCGGUGACAGGACCCCGAACGCCAUGUCGCGUCAAAUGAUGGGCAAGGCCCUGUACCGUGAUAAAUGGGAAACUGAAGUAAAGAAGUUCUAUGAGGAUAUUACUUUGAAGCUGCUGCACAGGUACUCUUACAAGCUUGCUGGUGUCAACCAAGUUGAUAUCGUCCGCGAUAUUGCAAACCUGGCGCAGGUUCACUUCUGUGCUUCCGUAUUUUCGCUACCAUUGAAAACCGAAUCCAAUCCCCGAGGCAUCUUCACUGAGUCGGAGUUGUACCAAAUCAUGGCGGUCGUGUUCACUUCCAUCUUUUACGAUGCAGAUAUUGGGAAGUCUUUCGAGCUUAACCAAGGGGCUCGCGGCGUGACGCAACAGCUUGGCCAGCUGACGCUGGCUAACGUUGAGCUCAUCGAGAAGACUGGUUUCAUUGCCAAUCUUGUCAAUAGUCUGCAUCGGCACGAUGUCCUUAGCGAGUAUGGUGUCCAUAUGAUUCAGCGCCUGCUUGACAGCGGGAAGCCAGCGGCCGAAAUCGUUUGGACACACGUUCUGCCAACUGCUGGAGGAAUGGUAGCCAACCAAGCACAGCUUUUCUCCCAGUCUCUUGACUAUUACCUCUCAGAAGAAGGCUCCGUUCACUUGCCCGAGAUCAAUCGGCUGGCCAAGGAAGAUACCCCUGAAGCCGACGAUCUACUGUUGCGAUACUUCAUGGAAGGUGCCCGGAUGCGGUCGUCGGUUGCCUUGCCGCGAGUGGUUGCACAACCCACAGUUGUCGAGGACAACGGCCAGAAGAUCACACUAAAACAAGGCCAGCAUAUUCUUUGUAACUUGGUUUCGGCUUCCAUGGACCCUGUCAGUUUUCCAGAGCCCGACAAGGUUAAACUCGACCGCGACAUGAACCUAUACGCGCAUUUCGGUUUUGGGCCCCACCAGUGUCUGGGACUUGGUCUUUGUAAAACCGCGCUUACCACCAUGCUAAAGGUCAUUGGACGGCUGGAUAAUCUUCGCCGGGCACCUGGUGGACAAGGCCACCUGAAGAAGCUUUCUGGUCCUGGUGGGAUUGCCAUGUACAUGACUGCUGACCAGACUAGCUUCUUCCCCUUCCCAACGACGAUGAAGAUUCAGUGGGAUGGUGAUUUGCCGGAAUUAAAGGACUGA